AUGGGAGAGAAGAAGCCUGCAGUGCUCACAAAGACACAAGCUUUUUAUUUUGGCCUUCUGUGGGAGGCCUCUCGGGAGCAACACAGUACUCACAGCGCCAACGCUGGAAAUCACCUUUCCAAGACGUUAGAAACGCCUCAGCAAAGGUUUAAGUCCCCACGGCCGCACAAGUCUCUGAGGAAACUGGCGAACGUGGAGGCUCAGACCAUCAUGAAGGCUCGUUUGAAAGGAGCCCAAACAGGUCGUAACCUCUUGAAGAAAAAAUCUGAUGCUUUGACACUUCGAUUCAGGCAGAUCCUUAAGAAAAUUAUUGAGACUAAGAUGCUGAUGGGUGAGGUGAUGAGAGAAGCUGCCUUUUCACUUGCUGAGGCAAAGUUUACAGCAGGAGAUUUCAGUACCACUGUGAUCCAAAACGUGAACAAAGCUCAAGUCAAGAUCAGAGCUAAAAAAGACAAUGUAGCAGGUGUAACCUUGCCAGUUUUUGAGCAUUACCAGGAAGGAGGGGACAGCUAUGAGCUGACUGGCUUGGCCAGAGGUGGAGAACAGCUGGCUAAGCUGAAGAGGAACUAUGCCAAAGCUGUGGAGCUGCUUGUGGAACUGGCCUCCUUACAGACAUCCUUUGUUACUUUGGACGAAGCCAUUAAAAUAACAAACAGACGUGUGAAUGCAAUUGAACAUGUGAUUAUUCCCAGGAUUGAGCGUACUCUUUCUUAUAUCAUCACAGAACUGGAUGAACGAGAGCGAGAGGAAUUCUACAGGUUAAAGAAGAUCCAGGAAAAGAAAAAAGUAUUGAAAGAAAAAUCUGAGAAAGAACGGGAGCUGCGGAGGGCUGCUGGUGGGGAACGUGAACCAGCCAAUCUCUUAGCAGAAGAGAAGGAUGAAGACCUUCUCUUUGAGUAACCCAGCACAGUUGUUGCAUAUGGAGCAGGGGACCCAGAAUAGAGAACGUCCAUUUGCAAUAUAAUUCAGGACAUGUUGCCUCAAUGAUACUUACGUGGCUUCUCAGUUGGUGUAUAAAUCUUGAGUUGAAUGGAUUGUGGAUUUCUCCUGGGAGAUUAGAAAUCUGGGAACUUGACUGCAGCACAGGAGGAAAAAGGAGAGACCAGUCAGGUGCUUUACUAUCAGGAAAGCCGCCUGUUUUGUGUUCAGCCUAUUUCUUCACUUACUAGGAAUGACUGUCUGUAGCUGUGUUUUUUGCAGGACAGCUCUGGAUUUGCUUAACCAGAUUCCUCUUUAAUUGCUCCCCUUCCUAGUGCAAGCAGAGGAAAACAUUGUUUAGGGAGGGAGAUGCAUGUGAUGUUCUUUACUGUUGAACUAUUAAUGUUCAAGUUGCUUAAAGCAGGUAUUGGCACAGCUGAAGUCAAGUGUCAGUAAAGGCAACUCUGAUUUUCUAACCUGUUGAUGAAAUCCACAGUCUUCUGUGAUUUUUGUUGCACGAUUGUUACCAUUGGCCUAAAACAUCUAUGGUUUUAAUUAGAGGUUCUGCCAACUUGUGUACUGUCUGUGCUAGAAACAAGUAAAAAUUUUAAGUGUUAA